AUGCUUGCCACUCUUCGACAUAUAGAAAGCCAAGAAGAAGACGAGAAAGAGUAUGCGCAGCAAUACAGGGCGGAACCAGAAGAUGAACGAUCUGAACCAGAAGACGAAUUCGACUUUGAUGAGUUUCCUGAGCUGAAAAGGCCCCCUAGGGAAUUGCCAGAGGUACCGAAAAGGACACACGGUCCCCCGUGCAAGGCCUAUGAGUUCCUCGAGAGCCUUCGAGCUGGCGAGGACGUAGAUAUACUAACGUGGCAAGCCGAGCAUUUAGCACUCGCCAAAGAGGAUCCGUAUCAGCAUAAAGAAUGUCCUCGGCUACUUUGGAAAAUGGUCGACAUUAUCGAAAGUGAAGAAACACCGUCCGAGCUUGGUACCGUCGCGGCGACACUCCUCAUGUACGACGUAUACCAAAUCUCGCAGUCUGAUUCGUACAUCCAUCGAAGGGCCCGGUGUAAACUUGCCACGUUACUCGAUCCGAAAGAGGCUGUCUCUAUUUAUCGGGAUAUGCUCGACGACCCCAAGGAUGAGCUCGAUUCUAGGGAUCUAUGCGCCUUUGAGGAUGUCCUCGCCCAGUUGCCUCCGGAACUUGAUAUUUUGAAGGAGCGGGUCGCACUUCUUAGACAGGACCUUGUCAUGAACCCCAAGUAUUCGGAAAAAAUAGCUCGACUGACUUUUGCAUUGUUGGAGCUUUACGAGCGGACCUCCGAUACUCUUGUUUUUGACGAAAUCCAUGCGCUUUAUCAAGAAAUGGUUGGUCGCCAGAAACUCGACUCGUGCCCUAUCAUGUGGCAAUUAACGGUGCACGGUGGCGCAAAUUGGACGCCCGAGGAAAUCACAUCUCUCAUGACCGAGCACACCGUCUUGACCAGCACUUCCCCCACUCCCCGGCUUGACCAUGUCCACUGCCCAGGCCAGCUGUUGUACGUGGUCCAAUGUAUGCGCAACGAUUCGCGAGGCAAGUUGGAGCUUCAGGCUGCGCUCGUUUGCGAGGCUUUAAGGCUCAUCGACCUUGGCAUCGGCAUAAGCGACCAGCUCCGUGUUCUCCACACCCUUUACGAGACAAUCGACAGUAUCGACCCUUCCUCCGAGCUCAACGGAUUCACCCGCACCGCAGUCUUGUCCCGUCUACGUUCGCUUUUUUCAGGCUGCGAGCACCGGAUUCCUGCCUUUUCUUGGCUCGCCACACGCAUUCACCCAGAUUCCCUCGAGUCUAAAUACGGGCUCGAGAGUGCGGACGUAUCGUUCGAGGUUAUGGGAAGCUUCUUGGCCGAGAAAGAACCCAUAUACAAGUGGGUCAAUCAACUCAUUAUGCGAUUGAACGACAACAUCAAGCCAAACACGUUCAUCCCCGAUUUUUCCGACGAGCUGGAAAGGAAUAUCCCUUCUAAAUUGCCGUCCGACUUUUUUGAGAUGCCGCGAUCCUUUUUUGAACGCUUUGGACGAGCACGGGCGGUCAGUAGCUUUUGCGUGUCUUCGUUGAGCCAAGUCACGCCCGACACCAUCGACUAUAAUAUUGAUAUCUACCGGCAAAUACUCCAAAACUGGGGGUGCCCAAGUCGCUCUGAUCAGCCCGGCCGUCUCGGAGCUGGCCAUCCUAUACGUAUAACGCAGCUCGUGCUCGGCAUCGCUCUCCAUCGCCGUUACGAAUAUUUUGAUAAUCUGAGCGACCUGGACGAGGCAAUUCAGGUGCUAAGGCUUGGUAUGGCCGGGUCUUCGCAAGAGGCGGAUGGUGUCUAUUUCAUGAAAAUGCGGGGCGCCGCGCACAUGUCACGUUAUCGUCGGCUAGGGGAACACACAGAUCUCAUGAGCUCCUACGAGUUGACCAAGCUUGUCUUUCAAAAACAUGAAAUGUUCACUACUCCAGGCGAUGAGCGCGAAUGGGCCAAGAUCAGCAGUCUGUUCAUGGGCGCCCAAACUGCCGAUUGUCUAUUUGAUGAUACCGGAGAGUCAAGAUAUUUGGAUCAAGCUGCAGCCAUGCUUCGUGAGGCUCUUCGAUUUGUAGGCUUGAAGAAUCCGUUGGCUACCGCUAUGGGUGGCUUAUUGGGGUCAGCGCUUUGCAAGAGGUUCAUGUACUCGCAAGUUCCUGAAGAUCUGGGGAUUGCCGAGACACUCACUGGUGGUGCAUCAAGAGUAGGUCAGAGCUCGUAUGUUAGGACAGGUAUCGGACUUCAGUUGUAUGUCGGGAGCCUCCCGAGCUGCGAUCAACUCUAUGGACGGACAAUGCUCAUCAAGUUCAAGCACAGUUCUCAGAUUGAAGAUCUAGAGCAGUCGAUAUUAAUGUUCAAGAAGGUACUCGAUAACACUUCCGCGCAAUCUAUACACUAUGCCGAUGCAAACUACUGGUACGGCCACGCACUGUCUAUUCGGAGCCAAGGCGACGAUUUGGCCACAGGAACUCAUCAUCUGAGGCAGGCAUUACUUGCCCAACCUUCCACUAGUCACCCACAGUCUCCUGUUUGGAUGACCGGUUUGUCCAAAGCAUUGGUGAUGGAAUUCCAGAAAACCGGGGAUCGUACGCUACUCGAAGAAGCUGCCAAAUUAUCCCAAACUGCGGUCUCAGUCGCUUCUAAAACGUCCACCAUCUUGGCGGAUGUAUACGCCCAACUCGGCGAGGUUAAACACCAGACUUUUCGAGUGACCAACAACUCUGAAGACUUGGACCAGUGUAUGCUAGCGUUCGAAAGCGCAGUCAACUCAAAAGGUUCACCUCAGCUCCAGUGUUUGUCUUAUACUCAGCGCUGGCAGAGCAUCGGAGCAGAAUACGACCAUCCUUCCCUUUCGCGAGUUUGGGAAACCAUCCUAAUGUAUCAAGAGAAGGCUGUAGGAGUAGGAAAAAGCAUCAAGAGGCGGCAUGAAUAUCUUGCCAACAAUCCUUCCCUCGCGUGCCGCGCCGCCGCCUAUGCCAUUCGUCAAGGCAAACUUGAGCUUGCAGUCGAGUAUCUAGAGCGCGGUCGAUCGAUCCUUUGGCGCCAGACACUCGAGCUUCGUUCGCCUCUUGACGAAUUAAGAAAAGUAGCGCCUUCAAUCGCCAAUCAACUAGCAGAGGUGAUCGAACAGCUAGACCAGAACGAACAACUGCAAUCACGCUCCGGGAAUCUAGCGGCUCAUGUUACACCUUGGACUAUUUCGAACCCCGAUCAAAUCGCACAAUCCCAUCGAAUGUUAUCACAAUAUUACGACUACUUGUUGGAGCAGAUCCGUAAAAUCGACGGUUUUAGUAACUUUAUGCGCUCAUUUGUUUACGCCGAUACCGUUGGGGUAGCUUCGGAAGGCCCUGUUGUUAUCCUUAACUUGUGCGAAGAUGGUUGCGAUGCUCUCGUCUUUCUACGUUCGGGAGUUCACCAUGUAGCCCUUCCCGACGCCGACUUUCAAAUACUAUCAGCUAAGAGGGCGGAGCUCGUGGUAGCCGCUGCUCGUGUAGUCGAGGACCAAGGUGUAACGAUGGAUGCGAUGCUCCGUCCGCUGCUCCGUUUACUAUGGUCAUCUCUUAUCGAGCCUGUCGUUUCUUUCAUCAAGUCAAGCGGCACAACCGAAAAGCGUGUGUUCUGGUGCGUGGCGGGACUGUCAGAUUUACCUAUCCAUGCGGCUGGACCAUAUAAACCUGGGCAACGAGACCUACCGGAAACGUUCAUCUCAUCUUACAUUCCGACCCUCUCCGCCUUGAUUCGCGCUCGAAAAGCCAGGGUCGUCUUUGAUUCGCCACAGCCACGGCUACUAACUGUCAUUCAAACGGAGACGGGCGAGAUGGACGAACUUAUAUCGGCAGAAGAGGAAGUCGAGACUCUGAGGGAAUUGGAUAUUAUCACCACCGAGCUGAGGGACAAUGAUAUUGAUCUCCAAAAUAAUUUGGGCAUGAUCGAGGAGGCUCGCCGCCUUCAUAAAAACGAGCGUGCAUACGACCCGGUCUACAUGGGCAUCCAAAACUCUAGGCAGAUUUAUCGGGACGUUCUUUUAUCUCAAAUCAAAGCUCACAACUGGGUUCAUUUCUGCUGUCACGGCACUACUGAUCCCAAACUGCCCCUACUGAGCGCAUUUCACUUUUCGAAGUUCAAGCUGACGAUAGAGCCGCUUAUGCGCGCUGAGCUUCCAUUGGCUGACUUUGCCUUUUUGAGUGCUUGUCACACGGCGGAAGGCUCCGAAGCACAGAACGAGAACAUGAGUUUGGCGGGCGCACUUCAGGUCGCUGGAUUUCGCUCGGUUGUAGCAACGAUGUAUGCAGUAGCUGACUCUGAUGGACCGACUGUCGCACGCGUAUUGUACGAACACAUGUUUCGAGAUCGUAGCCAACCCGCGAACUCGUCGGACGCUGCACUAGGUCUGAACAAAGCGGCUACUACCAGCUUAUGCACUCGGCUACUGUACUUUACCGACCCCGCACUAAGCCUGGCACUUCGAUCAACCAACUCGGCCUCUCCCUCCACCAUGACCAAGUCUCAGAAAGCACCCAAAUUUCUCACUACACCUCCGCCUUCUCAUGGACCACAUCUAGUGAUAUCUUAUCCAGCUAAGAAUGUUCUACAAUUGACGCUCAAUCGGCCUCGUUCUCUUAAUGCCAUGACAGAUGACUUGAGGGCUGAUAUAGCCAGAGUCAUGGACUGGUUCGAAAGGGAAAGUAGCUUGUGGGUGGUUAUCAUAACUGGAAACGGACGGGCCUUUUGUGCCGGACAGGACCUCAAAAACUGGAAGAAGAAGCAAGACACAGGCUCCCGCCGGGAAGCUGAGGAAAUGGCCGAGGAUACAAACGGAUUUGGCUCCCUCGCUCGCCGUCGUUGUAUCAAGCCAAUCAUUGCGGCCGUCAACGGGAUAGCAAUGGGAGGUGGAGUUGAGAUUAUCUUAAACUCUGAUUUGGUGGUUGCUAGUCGCGACGCAAAGCUUGGCUUGCCAGAGGUUAAGCGGGGCGUUGUCGCUGCCGCGGGAGGUAUUCCCAGAAUACAAAGGAUCGCCGGACACCAGUUUGCUGCCGAACUCUUGCUUACGGGGCGGACAAUUACAGCCGAAGAAGCUCACACAAAAUACCGCUUUGUCACGAGUGUCGUCCCACAAUCUCAAGUACUGAGUACGGCAAUCAAUCUUGCAAAAGAAAUUAUUUCGAAUUCUCCAGAUGCCGUGUGGAGCACCAAGAAAGCCCUGCUUGAUGGCCAACAGUACGCGAGCCUUGAGGAGGCUGUGAUCAAGCAUAACCUGAGUGAGGAGAGUAAGAGGGUCUAUCAAGGUGAUAAUAUCCGCGAGGGUUUGGCAGCAUUUAGUGAAAAACGUAAGCCAGUUUGGACAAAUCCUAAACUGUGA